GCAGCAGCAGGCAUACUGUGCUACGUGGGAGCCUAUGUGUUCAUCACAUAUGAUGACUAUGAUCACUUCUUUGAAGAUGUCUACACACUAAUUCCAGCAGUUAUUAUCAUAGCUGUGGGAACACUUCUUUUUAUUAUUGGACUUAUUGGGUGCUGUGCCACAAUUCGAGAAAGUCGCUGUGGACUGGCUACGUUUGUGAUCAUCCUGCUCUUGGUUUUUAUCACUGAAGUUGUGGUGGUGGUUCUUGGAUACAUUUACAGAGCAAAGGUGGAGGUUGAAGUUGAUCACAGCAUUCAGAAAGUAUACAAUGGAUACAAUGGGACAAAUCCUGAUGCAGCCAGUCGUGCUAUUGACUAUGUACAGAGGCAGCUGCGCUGCUGUGGGAUCCAUGACUAUACAGACUGGGAAAAUACUGUCUGGUUCAAACAAACUAAAAACAACAGUGUGCCGCUUAGCUGUUGCAAAGCAGCCCUCAGCAAUUGUACUGGCACUUUGACCCGCCCUAUGGACCUUUAUUCUGAGGGGUGUGAGGCUCUGGUUGUAAAGAAGCUUCAAGAGAUCAUGAUGUAUGUCAUCUGGGCAGCACUAGCAUUUGCUGCUAUUCAGCUUCUGGGCAUGUUGUGUGCCUGUAUAGUACUAUGUAGGAGGAGUCGGGAUCCUGCCUACGAACUUCUCAUCACUGGCGGAACCUACGCCUAGAAGAGAAUGCGAACACACAGUUCAAUCUUAUCUUGCUUGUGUGGAAGGUGAAUGGGCCAGGUCUACUGCUUUCUUGCCCUAAGCUUAGUCAAUGCACACCUUUCACAGAUGAGGACAGCCGUACUGUACACUGGUGACGGGCAAAACAGCUCAGCUUUACACACACCCAUAUAAUUACCUGUGACUUUCACUGUUUUAGCCAGCUACUCAUGUAUCUAAAUGUUUUAGUAUACUAGUAAACUUUCUAAUUUCAGACCCAUUUGCAAUGUAAGUGUAAUUUGGUUGGUAUGAAAGUCAAAGGAUGUGUGCCUCCUUUGGUAGAUUACCUCAAAGCAUUAACUGACUGAUUUUUGCAUAUAGAGAGAGGAUUUCUUAAACCUUCUGUACACAAAAUUUCUUUUGGCCAAAGCUGUACAAAGUAAGCUAGCUGUAUUUCAUUUGAGGAAGUAAUAUUUUAAUCUUGCCCCUCACCAGUGUCACUUUUUUAAAAAAAAAAAACAACACUUCAGUCCAGUACCCUUUAUAUAUAAAAAUUGAAAAAAAAA